AUGCUGCCCGGCCCCCAGCGAGUCAUCAGCAUGAAAAGCCCCAUUUUCCGCUCCAUAGUGGGCGCCCUCUGCGUCUUCAUCAUCAUCAUGGCCACCAUGAAGAGCGAGACGUUCCACAUUCACCACAAGAUGCUCGAGCAAGCCGACGCCAGGGCCGCAUCCGAGCCUCAUGGCAACCCCCAGCAGCCUUUAGACGCCGUACCCGCUCCAACACUUGGCACUGAAGAACCCAGCCCUGCCAAGACCAACUACAAGAUGGAUUGCAACUCCGACCUCGCUCACCUUACCCAGAUCAAGGACCGCUACAAACUCGAAAACAGGUUCCAGUACAUGAAGCGCUACGUCAAGUUCACUCGCAAGGAAGGCCUCGAGCGCAAGCGAAUGACCAAGCUCUCCCAGAACCUGCUCACCGACAGCUUCAGAACGGUCGACCUGGGCGCAGGCUUCGGCGGCGGCGAUGCGUGCGCAGCUCCCCUGGAGGUCGAUGUCCCCGCGUCGGAUUUCCCUCGCACCGUCGAUGCCUCGGACUUCAUGUUUGGAGUGUCGACAACGUACAAACGCUUCAUGGAUCCCAACACGACGCCCAUCAACGAAUGGGUGUUCUGGCUCACCGACAGCCAAGGCAACUCCAACGGCGGCAAGCUGCUUCUCAUGCUGCUCGACGCGACGGACGAACAGCUCCAGCAGGUAGCCGACAUGCUGGGCGACGUGGGCAUCGACGUUGACGUCUAUCACUCCGACUCGAGGGUUGAGAUGGCUGUUCGCUAUCUGACACUGGUGCCGACCCUCUACACUCAUCCUGAGUCGGCGAGCAAAAAGUGGCUCGUCACCUGCGACGACGACACCUUCUUCCCCAGCAUGCACGGUCUAAUCGAAAAGAUGAGCACCUUCGACCACACCAGGGAUAUGUACAUCGGCACCUUGUCGGAGGAUGUCGGUGCCAUUGAGCGCCACGGCUCCCAGGCCUUUGGAGGAGCCGGCGUCUUCUUGUCGCGGUCCUUGGCUGAGAAGAUUACGGGCCUCUUUGGCAGCUGCACCACGCAGGCCAAGAUCCUCGAGUCGAACUCGGGCUGGGGCCCUCAGGGAGACAUUAUCCUGCGCAAGUGCAUCUACGAAAACACCGAGGUACGACUGACGACGCUCUGGGAUCUCUGGCAGCUCGACUUCUUCGGCCAUCCCAGCGGUUUCUACGAAUGGGGUAUCAAGCCCUUGUCGCUGCAUCACUAUCGCGGCGGCGGCUGGCACAGCGCCAAGCCUGCGCAGUACACCAAGAUCGCCCACUCGUGUGGUGAGGACUGCACCCUCAUGCGCUUCCAGACGACGGACGACUUCAUCAUCUCGGGCUACUCCAUCGCCCACUACCCCCAGGGCAUCACGUUUGACACCAACCAGAUGGAGGCGACUCUGUACGCUGCGCCCGAGAACAAGGGCUGGAACCUCGACUUCAUGUUUGGGCCGCGGCGGCAGUCUCUCCUCAAGACGGGACGCAAGAUCGCCUGGGAGCUCCAAGAGUCCGAGAUCCAAUCAGACGGUUCCGUCUUGCAGACAUAUACCCGGAGUAAGAAUGACGAGCGAUGGGUCCACUAUGACAAACAGCCGAUGAGCAAUAUCGACGGUGUCAUUGAGCUUGUCUGGAUCCCUUCAUAG